UGCCUUGCCCAUAUAAAAAGGCCGCAAUUUAAUUCUCCCUCUAUCGAACGAAUUGUGAUCAGGCAGACACAAGCAAAGGCGAAGGGAAAAAGCGCUCAAUCACACCUAUCUCGGGUUGGCGGACCGAUUUCGUGCCGGUAAAGAAGCAUUCGGAUUUGUGGAACCGUUGGGGUGGUUACCUACAUUCGGAGUCUAUCUUCUUUUCUUGAACUUAAUCAGAGUACCAUUGCCUGCAUCAUAGGUGGGCUCUGAGCAAUAAGGAGUACAGGUUUUUGCUUCAAAAACUACCCAGUUGUGUAACGAGAUGGCACGCGCUUACGCAUGCCAGGACUCGAUUCCUCAUCAAAAUGGCUGGGUACAAUACGUCCCCUAUGUCCAGCCAACUUCGGAGGCUGUUCCAUCGCAAGUGAUGGUAGAUCCGUCCAAAGUCCCGGUCUUCCAUGGCGCUGCACCGUACGGAGCUCCUUACAGCUAUCCUGUUGGAUGCCAUUCUUGCUGCAAUCACAUGCCCGUCCCUGGCCACAACAGCUACGGUCUAUCUUUUCCCCAUUUCUUCCCGCCUCAACCGUCUCCUUGGUGGAGUUCUUACCCCAUGUACCCUCACGCUGUACCUGUUCAUCAUGUGCCCCCUCCUCCAGCUUAUGUUGCAGAUAUUCCGAGGUAUGAGUAUGACAAGAAUGCGGCUGGACCCGGGGAUUACCACUGUUGUGGCUUUCCUAAGCAUGCGUGCAAGCCCCAAGGUGAUCCAAGAGUCGAGAUUGAAGAGCAAGAGCCUUCUCAUGAGAAGGAGAAGAAUUCUCCUGAAGGAGGUGUGCUGGUGCCAUCGGAUGUAAGAAACUAUCAAUAUCCAGUCAUUUGGAUACCGCCCGAGUAUGGGAAGAACGCAGAGCAGAAGAAGCCUUUGAAACCAAAGUCCGCGGAUCAUGACAGUGCUCUUUUAGAUGUCAAACCCAGAGGAAAAUCUUCGCACCAGCAACCGAGCUGGAAAAGCUACUUACCUGCUAACGUGGAAAAUCUUGGCCUUCAGAUGCCCGAUGGCAACGAUAUGAGAAUGGGGAACCAGCAAACUGAAGACUAUAGUAAGCAGUUCUCGUAUCCUAUCAUCUGGAUACCUUAUGCUAAGCUGGAGGAGGGUGAAAGAGAAGGAAAGAAUGAUUCUUCAAGAUCUUCUUCCCAAGCUGUUCCUUCCGACAACUACAUUAAUGCAGAUAAGAUCAGAGCAUCCGGGGCUGAGGGAGGUAUUGCGAGCAAGAGUGGAUCACACUCGGCAAAGAAAUAUGCCGAGGAGAAUGUGCUUGUGAAGAAUGCAGAGCCAUCUGCAGGCAGCAUUCACUUGGAGAAUUCUGGGAAGAAGUUUGGUGAUGUUUCCGACAAGGGAGUAGAAAACAAAGUAAAGGGAUCAAUUGGGAAAAAAGAGCUGGCGUCCCCAGAGAAGCCAAAGUUACCUCCGGUGUGCUUGAGAGUCGAUCCCUUGCCAAGGAAGAAAAGCACCAACGGCAGUUCAAGAGCUCCCAGCCCUCCGGGUGCCAGAGAGAAUGCUUCUUCUGAUGUGACAGACAGUAAGGGAAAGAAUCCACCUGCUGAAGCUGCUAACGAGAGAAAGUCGAAUCAGGAGAAAAGAAAGGAGUUGAAGGUUAUUGAGGUGAAGGAUAGUCCCACUGGCAAGAAAGACGGUGCAAUGGUAAGCGUGAAGCGAGCUGAGCAUCCUGUUAUGGUGAAUUCCGUUGGUCAGGAGAAUCGUAAAGACAGAGAAGAGGCUGGCGAGGGAAUUAAGGAACAUGACACUGUAGAGAAUCCACAGAAGAAUGUUAUCAGUGAUGGAAAAACGGAAGAAAAGAAAGAAACAACAGUAAGACCUCUCUCCGGCAUAGAAGCAGCUACACUUAUUCAAGCUGCCUAUCGUGGUUUUGAGGUGAGGAAAUGGGAGACCAGGAAGAAGCUGAAGCAAAUGGCAAGUAUCCGUCAUGAGGUGGCUAAGAUCAAGAAGAGCAUUGAAGAGCUAGAAUCCUCGGACAGUACGUCUCUCGAUCGAGAGAAGGUUGCAAAGCAGAGAGUGGUGAUUGGGGAAACCAUAAUGAGCCUCCUAUUGACAUUGGAUACCCUUCAGGGUUUGCACCCAAGUCUUCGUGAUGUUCGGAAGUCCUUGGCCAGGGAGAUGGUGGCUUUGCAAGAGAAGCUCGAUUCUCUUUUGAGCAAGAGAUUAGAUGAUCUCAUGGAAAAGCAAUCUUCAGCUAUCAUCAAGGGGGACAUGCAUAAGAAUGUUGCUGAUGACACAAGCAAGCAAUGCUACGUGGACAGAGAAGAAAACUUGCAACCCGUUGAUGCCAUAUCUGGAGAUAACGAGGAAACUGCCGCUCACAAGGUAAAGGCACCGGAGAUUGUGCUUGCUAAUGCAGAGGUGACGAUUCCCUUGGAGGGAGAAUCCUCCAGUGAGACGGUAAAAGAAUUUUUGUCAAGUGAUCUGAACUGUGAAAUGGUAACACCUGCUGGAUCAAUUGAACAAGUUUCUCAGGUCAAUACCUCAUCAGAGGAGGGUGAAUGUGAGACCAUGGAGAGGGAGAAAGAUGAGGCAUCAAAUGCUGGGGAGGCAAAGCGUCAUGCCAACCAGAAAUUGCCAAGAAGUCCUGAUUCUGAGUAUCUAGUUUCUGGUGAUGGAGAAUCUGAUGUCGACUUGCUGAUGGAAUUGCCUGCUGGGGUAUUAGUAGACCAGGACCGAGAAAUAGUUGAGCUCCAGCAAAAGUGUGAUGCUCCUUACGAAAGUAACCAGCAGCAGGACCACCUCAAGGGAGAAAUCGAAGAUAUCGGAUCAGAUGAUGAUGCUGAGGUGAAGCAACUUGAAACACCAGACACGCAGGAAACCGUGGAACUUGAAAUGGGUUUGGUAAUAGGAGAGGAGGAGAACGCCCAAAAGGAGGAUGUGAAUCGUGGUGAAGUGGCGCCAGUGACUCCACACGAGGUUGGAACAUCUGCAGUGCCACGUGAGGAAACUACACCUGAACAGGUGAAGGAUGGUGGUACCUCCGACACGAUAAGGGGAAAGGACGAAGAACAUUCUCAAGAACAGCAUGAAGCUGACUCCAUAGUGCUAUCCGUGGUACCACCUGAUGAAGGGGAAUUUGCGUUGUCUAGGGAAGAUGAACAGGUGAAGAAUGAAGCAUCUGCCUUGGACUCGAUAAGUGCGAAGGAGGAGGUGUACCCACAAGAACAGCAUCAUGAUGCUAGUACAGUGUUGCCAGAGUCUCUAGCUGAGGAAGGGGAAUCCAACUUGUCAAGUGAAGACACUACUGCUCCGGAACAGGUGAAGGAUGAGAAUGCUUCCUCCGUGUUAUCACCCGAGGGACUUCAAAAAUUGGUUGAAAGGAAUGAUAGCAAUGCUGGUGAACCAUCUGGAAAUCAGGAAAAUGAAAUUGGAGUGGAGCACGAGCAAGGUGAUCGCUGUGGUGCUGAAAGAGUCACUGCUGAGGAGGUAAUGGAGAAUGUCAGAGUAGCCAAGCCUCCUGAGAAUGAGGUUGUGGUUGUUACUGAAGACCACCCUGUUUAUUAUGGAGAUGGAAUGGCAAGUAGCGGAUCCAAGUUGAGUAAUAGCAACAGCAUCAAUGAGCUCGAGCACAAUGAGAAGCUGCGGGAGAUGAUGCAGAAGUUGAUGGAGGCUGGGAAAGAACAAUUGGAUGUCAUAUCCAGUCUGACUGGAAGAAUGAAGGAAUUGGAGAAGAAACUGGCAAAGAGCAAGAAAAUGAGAUCAAGGCGAUGCAGAGCAGCAGCAGCAUCUCGUCGAAAGCUGUCUCCUAAUCCAUCGGGAAGGACUCCUCUGUCAACUUAAACUGUAAGAUCGGGCUGCUACGGUUUUAUGCGUGUUCCUUGGAUGUGAAGUGGGUUUGUUCCAUGUAUGUCGAAUUGUGUAUGUGAAAAACAAGAAUGUAAAUUCACAUAAUUAAGGAUAAUUAAAUUCGCCGUUCCAGUCAUUAUCGAAAAGAAAAAAA